UGAACAUCACUGAUCACCUAGUAAUCUGUGAACAUCACACAAUUUAACUUUUUUGUUAGGAUUUUUGUAAAGUUUUAUAAAGGAUAUUUGUAGGAUAAAGUUAUUUUCAAAGCUGAAACAUGACCGUCUUUAGUUUAAUCGACAGUGAUAAAUAUUACUUAUCGCUUUCCGAACACCCCAAAAGGUUCGACGCAGACAGUCCUGUGACUAAUGUAUUUUUUGACGAUACAAAUGGACAGGUGUUCACAGUGAGGUCGGGGGGUGUGACAGGUGUAACAGUGAAUGGAAUGGACGAAUCCAAAUGCACUUCAUUCAGAAUGGAGGACAAAGGUCCCAUAAUCUCUAUUAAGUUCUCACCAGACCACAAAAUACUCGCAAUACAAAGAAAUAUUGAAGGACAGAAUGCUACCGUUGAAUUUGUGAACUUUAAAGAUUUGGCCCCAACAAACAUUGAAUACACACACACUUGCAAGUGGAAAACUUCCAGAAUUUUGGGCUUUGUUUGGCCAAAAGUUGAUGAGAUUGCUUUUAUAACUGAUCACGGCAUUGAACUACUACAAGUAGUUCCCGAGAAGAAACAACUAAAGACAUUAAAGAGCACUUCAUUUAGUUGUGCGUGGUACAGCUGGUGUGCUCAGAGCAACAUUGUGGUGUUGGCAGGCAACAACGGGCUCCUGCUGCAGCCCUUCUCACUCAACAACUCCACCAUCACCAAGUUACAGAAACUAGAGUUGGAGUCCAGCAAGCCGGCGGCGGAACGCGAUGUAUUCGUGGUGCGGUUGUGCGGCGCGAGCUGGUGCGCCGUGUUCAGGCACGCACAUGGACCGGCUGAUGUGUGGUUGAUGCCGAUCGGUUCCAGCGGCAUACAGCACGUACUGAAGACAGGACUGACGGGCCGCUUUGCUGUUAGCGUACUAGACAACUUGCUUGCUAUACAUCAUCAGUCGUCGCAAACGUCUCAACUGUUCGACAUCCUAGAAGAGAGCCGUUUAGACAACAACACAGUGGUGCACGUCCCGCUCGUAUCGGGUGUGAGCAUCCGCCCCGCCAGCGUAGAUGAUGCGCCAUGUGCUAUGUACUCUGGCAACUGGGUGGUGUUUCAACCGGACUAUAUCAUAGACGCGCGGCGCGGCUGUCUGUGGCGUGUGCAGUUACAACUAAACGGACUGGCGCACUCGAUCCCCAAAGACGCGAUACCGAGCACAAUAGCUGCCCUGCUGCGGCGGCAGAACGGCAAGGACACGAUAUUCCGCAUACUCAAUCAGCUCAUGACGGAAGCGAGGACCUACUUGGUGGAACUGACUAAGGCCUUUGAUGAGAUCAACGCUGUAUACAGGCGAUGGUCGGAGUUGGAGGUAGCUCGCAACACCGCAGGCAGCGGGUGGACCGAAGGCGCGGCUCUACCCGUGGUUAUCUCACAGGAGGAGAUCUGCUCGCAUCUGCUGACACCACACUUCGAGGACCCCUACCUUGUGCAGGUGGUUACGGCGUAUUUAUCGUCGCUGUGCCGCAGCGGCAUACCGGCGGCGGCGUGCACGAGCGGCGCGGGCGUGCGCGCGCUCGUGUCACAUGGUGCGGGCGGCCGCCUGCGAGCACUCGUGCGCCGCGCCGCGCUGCCCGACUCGCGCCCGCUCGCCUGCCAGCUGCUGUCGCUGCAGCGCACCGACCGCGCCGCCGCGCAGCUCGCGCUCGACAUGAUGGCCCGCCUGCACGCGCACGCGGAGACGACCGAGGUGCUAGUGUCGAGCGGGCGUGCUAUCGCCGGGUUGGGGGCGGCGCGGGCGGCGGGCGGGGCGCUGUGGGCGCGACUCAGCGCGCGGAAACACCUCGCCGCCGCGCCGGACCCCGCCUCCUUCGUCGCCACAUACCACGCCUUCCGCGCACGCAAUGAAGCGUUACAAGGCACGUCCAAUUUUGAUAAGACUUACCACUGCAAAACCUACGAGGAAUACUACAAGCAACUCAUGUCAGAGAACUGAAGCAAUUACUCGGAAAAUAUGUAUUUUACAUCUGUUCCAAACAAAAAUGUAAAGAAAGAUCUUUGUUAAACAAACUUGAGGCCACUUUUUAACAGACUGUCAAACAGAAGUAUGUUUAUUUUUCUCUAUGCUGUCAAGAAAGGAAAUCAUAACUGCACCUGCAUUUAGCAGGUGUAGUUAUGAUUUUUGCACUUCUUUAACCUAUCAACUCCCAAGCCGUCGAAUUCGACCGCAUAAACAGUAUAUUUCCAAGAAUCCGCGAUUUUUUUUAUUUAUUUAUUUAUUUAUUAUGGUUACCA